AUGGUACUGAGACCCAUCAGGACCCGGCGGCAAUUCGCGACCUUGCUGGAGGAGGAAGAGGAGAACCUGGUCGUCUUCUUCUUCGCGGCGCGGUGGUGCAACAACUGCGCCAGCAUCAAGCCCUUCCUCCGGAUGAGAUCGGACCAGCACCGCGACGUCAUCUUCGCUGAGGUCGACGUGGAUGAGUCGGAGGAGCUGGCCAGGGCAGUGGGCAUCACCUGCAUGCCCACUUUCCACUUCUACAGGUGCCAGGAGAAGGUUGGGGAGUUCUCCGGGACCAAGAGGGAGAAGUUGGAUCGCCUGAUAUUGCAGUUGAAAUGA